AUGACCAUCGAAGCGAAGGCGAAAAAAGUUAUCACUGUAUUUGGAGGAACUGGGAAUCAGGGCAGUAGUGUGGCACGUUCUUUGCUGGCGCACAAGGACAAUGUUUUUCAUGUCCGUGUUAUCACAAGAGACCCUCAGUCCGAGAAAGCCCAGGCUAUUGCAUUGCUUGGAGCAGAGUUAGUUCAGGCAGAUGGACUCAACUCAGUCGAAAUGACCAACGCCUUCGCUGGCAGUUGGGGUGUUUUCAUCAACACCAAUUCCGAUGAUGAAGCAUUGAAGUCAUUGGAUGGCCCUAGUGACUAUGACCUAGGCGUCUCUGUAAUUGACGCCGCGGAAAAAGCAGGCGUUCAGCAUGUGGUCUAUAGUUCUGGACCAUCCAUCACGAAUGCUACCAAAGGCAGGAUGCAUAUUGAAGGGUUUGAGACCAAAUACCACGUCGAGCAAUACGGGCGCAAGAAAGCAUUCACCAGUUUCACUCCCAUCCUGUGCGCCUCUUUCAUGGAAUGCUUCUUCUAUGAUCCAUUUGUGGAUGCCUUCGGUGGUUUCCCUUGGAAUCCUGACCCGGAAACGAAUGAAGUGGUCUUUCGGACCCCGCCAUAUGGCGGUAAGGGUGAUAUGCCCUGGGUUAGUUGCGAGGUCGACCUCGGGGAUAUCGUGCACGGCAUCUUCUUGAACCCAUCCAAAUAUCAUCAGGUCCUUGUUCAAGCAACGAGUCAACAAAUUGCAAUGCAUGACAUAGCAGCUUCAUACACACAAGCCACUGGAAUUCCUGCCCGAUACGAAGAGAUGCCAUCCUGGUCCAGCAUCAAGCUCAAUGGUACAAGGUGCCGAAUUGAAACCCGCCAGAUGUUCUGGUAUAUGAAAGCCUGUGGUGGCCGGUGGUUUGCAGAGCAUGAGAGCGACAUGUCGACCGCGGUGGUCUUGAAAGAAUCAGCAAUGUCGGCUCGCGGCCAGGAUGGAGGUCUUACUUCAUUCCAAACUUGGUUUAAAAAGGCGCAUGUUCUCAAAUCCCAAACUGUGUGA